AUGAGCCGUUCUUCACCUACACCCGAAUCUAGCCCCGUCACUGUUAAUGUCUACGACAUGUCAUGGUUAAACGAAUAUAUUGGAAAUAUUGGCUUGGGCGUAUUUCAUACAGGCGUUGAAGUCUACUCCAGAGAGUACUGUUAUGAAGGCCAUCAGUUCGGAGGCUCUGGGAUUUUUGAAAUGACUCCAAAGGAUACUGCGAGCCUGGGAGCCAAUUAUUCAUUUAAGACGUCCAUUGUGGUUGGUUACACGGAUUUUACUUACGGAGACGUGUGCACAAUCUUAGCAACAAUGGAACAGAACUUUUGUGGUGAUCAGUACCACCUGCUACGAAAAAACUGCAAUCACUUCACUAGCGAAUUUAUUGAGAUUCUUUGCGGAGCGGCUCUGCCCAAGUGGAUCAAUCGGUUAGCCGUAGUUAGUACCAAGCUGCCCUUUAUAGAACGAUCAAUUCCCAAGUAUUGGCUAACUCCUCUGCAGGGUGGAAACGAAUACACAAACCAUAGAAGCAACAGGAGUGAUAACCACGUUUCUCAAAGCGAUCGUGAUCGGCAGGACAGCACUUCUUCAACAGCCUCUUUGCCCGUCUCCCCAAGUCGGUCGAGUGUUCUCAGCGCUCCUGGCGAACAGUGGCGUCGAUUUCAAUCUCAGGUCUCUACUUAUUUCGGAAGAGCCGAGGGUAAUUCCAGUUCUUCAACUUCCAGCCAAAAACCGUCUUCAACUAGUGCAUCUAUGCCUUCCCAUUCAUUUUCUAAUAAUCGGCCUCCGAGCUGA